AUGUCGCUAAGAAAUAUUAAGAAAUUACAAUCUCCUGACUUCUUUCAACAAACAGAUGACUCGGAAGAGUCAGAAGCCGCACCUAGAAAAGCAGCGAACAACUUUGAGUUGCUUUCAGUUUCGGAACGAGAAGACGAUAAUGAAACAACUGAAAUGGAAAAUUUAUCUGCAUCCGCUAACACAAAAGAUAUCAAGAAAAAAAGGAAGAAUAAGAAGAAACGUCGUUCUGGACCACGACAAAAAGUGUCAAGCGAGGACGUUGAUGGUGAAAACGAUGAUGAAAUCACGAGAACAGUGAAGCUGGUAGAUAGAAUGUUUGGAACAUCUUCUAGUCAAAUUGUGAUUCCCUCAACAGAACCUCAAUCUCUCUUCAUACCUGAAAAAACUCUCCUCUCUGUUCAAAAUAAAAACUUGAAUCCACAAACUGAACUUAAGAGAAUGUUUGGGAAAGUUGUUAAUCAAGAACAACAAAAAAAGCGUCGAGGUGGAAAUUUUCGUUCUUUGAAAUCUGUUUAUUUAAUGUCAAAUCCAAAAGAUUCGUGGCCGCCAAUCAAUCGUACUGGGCUUUACAUGAAUCUUCUUCCUAACCCAGACAUUUCACCAACUUCUUCUGGAGGAGGAAAAACUAAUAAAAAUUUGGUUUAUUUUUCAUUCGAACAUUCUCAAAGCUACAGAGCAAUUCAGCAGAAAUUUCUUAAAAGUGUCGAGAGUAUUGAUUCAAAUAACAUCGUAAAGAUUAUUAAUAUGCAACCUUAUCAUAUCGAUGCAUUAAUUCAAUUAUCAGAACUUUGCAAGAUGUCUGAAGACAACUCAAUGGCAGCUGAACUCAUUGAACAUGCUCUUUAUGCUUUUGAAUGUGCAUUUCAUUCCAUGUUCAGUGUAACAAAUGGAAAUUGUCGUCUUGAUUACCGCCGACAAGAGAAUCGUGGUUUUUUCAUUGUGCUUUUUAAACAUGCGCAAUUUCUUGCUGCAAGAGCAUGUCCUCGAACUGCUUUGGAAUUGUCAAAACUCAUCUUGUCAUUGGAUCCGGAAAAUGAUCCUUUAGCUAUAAUAUUGAUUAUUGAUUUCUAUGCUUUAAGAUCAAAGCAGUACGAUUUCUUGAUUCAGCUUUAUAAAGAAUGGGAAACAAGUCACAACUUAUCUUUACUUCCCAAUAUGGCAUAUUCCUACGCACUGGCACUUUACAAUGCCAAUCGUAUGGAUGAAUCUGAUAAGGCAAUUCAAUAUGCUUUGACAAUGUUUCCAGGCGUUUUGAAACUUCUUCUUGACGAGUUAUCCAUUCAAGCAGACUCUCGAGUUUCGUCACAUAAAUAUUUUGGUCCUGGAUGUUUCACUAGUAGUCCAUUGGCCCUUCAGCAGCUUAUGCAGCUUUACAUUGCACGGUGCAAGAUUGUAUGGUCGGGUGACAAUGAGAUUUUAUUGUGGCUUGAAAGGAAUGUUCAUAUAGUACUUGAUUCCGUCGAUAAGAAAGACGAAGUCAUUAAUGAUUGUGCAGCUAAGAGAAGCUCAAGAUAUCCCCAUCCGCCAAGGAAUAUUCUUCGUCAUGUGAUUUUAUCAGAAUUUAAAGAGAAAGUUCCAAUUGCUGAUUUCUUGAAAAAAGAUACGGAUCCGAUUGUACACUUUGAUCCACUUCCACCGACUGAUUCAAUCAACAUUUACGAAAAACCAAAGGCUGCCAAUGUUCAACAAAGAGCACUCACUGCAAAUGGUUUGCAAUUGUUUUUCCAAUCACUCUUACCAAGUUUCAAUCUUCAUCAGCAGCCUAAUGAGGGUGCUGCACAAGCAAUGGCAGAAGCUGCUCAACUUGAUGAAGCUGCAGGAGGUGUUGUUGAAGAAUUGGGAGAAAAUCCUGAUGGACCUGUUGCAUAUGCUGAGUUCCGACAAUCACUCAACUCAAUUGUUGACGCUAUGCGUGAUUUCUUAUCGGAUAUACGCGUUUUAGAACGAAAUCCAAAUGAAGAUGGUGAAGAUGAAAACAGUUCAACAGGCGAAGAAGAUGUCAAUGACUAUUUAACUUAA